AUGCAUUUCACAAUUCCAACCAUAACCCUGAUUGCCGUCGCCACCACCGGUGCCCUCGCCGACUCCGAUGGCUAUCCCCCACAAUACUCCUACCCCGUGAGCGUGAGCGUGAGCUCCAGUAGCCACACCCCGACCCCGACCCCGACCCCCACCUACCUGGCUGUCACAACGCCCAUCCCAACCAAGAGCAGCAAAAGCAGCAAAGCCGUCUCUCCUAGUUCGGUCUCAGUUGCCCCAUCAAAGAGCUCUUCUGCCGUGAAGCCUAGUAAGCCUGCCGUCGGUGCAGGUGGCGGCCCAGGUGGUAGCGAAGGUGGUAGUGGAGGUGGUACUGUUGGUUCCGGCUCCGGAUCGGGAUCAUCAGGAUCUGGAGGAAGGGUAGGAAGCGGAGGAAGUGUGCCUACCUACAUCCCUGGAAACCCAGCUGCCAGAAUUGAUGCGCAAGAGGCUACGUUCUUGGGUGCUGCGCUCGGUGCGCUUGGAGCUUUCGCUGCCUUCCUUUAG